UCAAAAACCGCACGUGGCUCCGCCAACAAGAGUUCGGUCCGGUUCGGUUCUGGAGGUUCAGCGAGCAGCUCCGGAGGAACACUGCGGUCUCUGGCGGGCCCAACAUGCCGUCUUACGCGCUGAACCAGUUCGUGGAUGUGGAGGAGGCGCUGUGUAAGCAACUUUUGGGCCUGGACUUCAGAGAGCAGCCAAGCUCCCUGGCACUCCCUACUUCAGCAGUUGGAUAUAAAAAUCCAGGAGCCUCGUGCACGUUUUCCUCAACUGGGACAAUCUCUGAGUCCCGGUCAAUGACUUCUAGUAACUGGACCCAGCACAAAGAAGCGCCACUGCCAUCACGGUGGAACAAGAUGGCGUUCUGGUCUGAGAGAGCUGUCAGCAUGGUGGAAGGCGACACGGGAGGACUGGACUGGGCGUCCAUUGAAUCCAGCCUGGACAAACCCGGCACAAUGCAGAGCACCCUGUCCAUGCCCACAUCAGUGUCUGCCCUCUCCGCUGCUGCCACCGCUUCAUCCCGCUACAAGACCGAACUGUGUCGCACCUUCUCUGAACGGGGCGUGUGCAAGUACGGCAGCAAAUGCCAGUUUGCCCACGGGCACGACGAGCUACGUGGCAUCAACAGACACCCCAAAUACAAGACGGAGCCGUGCCGCACCUUUCAUUCCAUCGGCUUCUGUCCGUACGGCAUCCGCUGCCACUUUGUGCACAACAACGAGGAUGACCUCAGACAGACCCCGCCCCCAACACGACCCCAGCCACAGGUCUCGGCUCCAACCACCCAGCGGCCACCUCUCCUCAAACAGAGCUUUAGCUUUGCAGGCUUUCCGUCUACUUUCCAGCCUUUGGAGCCACCACUCGCCCAGUCGUCCUCAUUCUUCCGUACCCCUUCAUUUUCCACAGCCCUGCCACCUGCCCCGAACCUCAUUUCUGACCUUUUAAACUUGGCAUUCCCAGAACUUGACACAGGGUCCUGCACAUCGCCCAGCACAGACCAAGCUUGGGAUGCUCAGUUCUUGCCUUCACCAGACUCUGGAUGCUCCAUUGGAGAACUUGCGCCCACCCUGACAUCCCCCUCCCAGCUGCCACCCAGCCUGCCAGAGGGGUGUCCUCCAAGGCAGAGCCCUCCUUGCAGCGGUGUCUCCAUGGGCUCCAGAAGCCUGUCACUCACCUCUCUUUCGGACCACGAGGGCGGCUGUGGCAGUUCUGCCAGCAGUCUCAGUGGUUCUGAUUCCUGCUCUGUGUUUGAUGGUGCGAACAGGAGGCUUCCCAUCUUCAGCCAGCUCUCUGUGCCCGAUGAUGGCUUCUCCAGCGAGGGCAGCACUGGUGGCAGCAGUGGAAGCCCCAGCUUCUUCCUGUAGAGCCUAUGUAAAGCCUUACAAGAGCAGAGAACGGUAGAAAGACUGAAAGACUCUAAACUGUGGUAUACCAGGAUAUGCUAUAUAUAUAUAUAUAUAUAUAUAUAUAU